AUGUGCCAACAACACCAAAACCAAGGCCACGAUGGGGCUCCCGCCGCCUCACCCCAGUCAGAUACCAACACCCGGCCUCGCUACAAUGACUCCUUCCCCUGGCAUCUCGGCGCCUUUGACGCCCACUGCCAUCCCACCGACACCAUGAGCUCCAUCGCCUCUCUCGCCACUCUCAACGCCCGAGCUCUCGCCAUCAUGGCCACCCGCUCGCAGGACCAGCAUCUCGUUGCGCAAGUCGCAGCCGAGCAUGGCGUUUCCGACUCAGACUCGCCUUUGAACCAUGGAGACGACUCAAUCUUGGAUGGUCCAGCUAGCAAAAGGACAUGCAGAGUCGUUCCGGCGUUUGGCUGGCAUCCCUGGUUCUCAUACCAGCUCUACGACGACACCGCCUCCAACCACAGCUCUCCCAAUUCAAAUCCAGAUAACGCUACAUCUACGACGGAAGACGCCUUCAGGAUUGCUCACUACAAAGCCGUCCUCUCACCCACUCCCAAAGACCCAUCCUUCCUCUCCUCCCUCCCCCCUCCAACCCCCUUAUCCUCAUUCAUCGCAUCCACCCGCAAACACCUCACUUCCUUCCCCCACGCCCUCAUCGGCGAAAUAGGCCUCGACAAGGGCUUCCGUCUCCCGCAGCAAUGGCUCCCCGACGACGCCUCUUCUCGCGACGAGGGCCUCACCCCCGGUGGGCGCGAGGGCCGGCUCCUCAGCCCGUACCGCGUGCAGAUGCAGCACCAGCAGGCUGUUUUGCAGGCCCAGCUACGGCUUGCGGGCGAGACGGGGAGGGCAGUCAGCGUGCAUGGCGUGCAGGCUCACGGCGUGCUGUACGACACAAUAGCAGCGUGUUGGAAGGGCCAUGAGAAAAAAAUUCUCUCCCGGAGAGAGAAGAAGCAGAUUGCUCCGGGAGCCGAAGAAAGCAGCAGCUCCGACGAUGACGACAAUGAAGAUGAAAAUGGAAACGAAAAGGAGCCCAAGCAAAAGAACAAGACAGCACGCGGCAAACCCUUCCCACCGCGAAUAUGCCUCCACUCCUACAGCGGCAGUGCCGAUACCCUCAAACAGUGGUUCCAUCCCGCAGUGCCCUCCCAAAUCUUCGUCUCCUUCUCCACGGCCGUCAAUCUGGGCACCGACAGCGGCAGGGCAAAGCUCGAGGGCGUCGUGCGUGCCGUGCCGGACGACAGGAUCCUCGUCGAGAGCGACUUGCACAUGGCGGGCGAGGAGGCCGAGGCGAUGCUGGAGGACAUGUAUCGGCUGGUGUGUGAGAUUAAGGGGUGGGAUCUGGAGCCAGGGGUGAGGACAAUAGGGAAGAAUUUUCAAGACUUUAUAUAUGGAUAG